CAACAUGCUUUCCUCGUCGGGUAUGGAGAAGGCAAACAAUACUUGCAAAUAUUGACUUGAUGUUUUGUCCUCCAGAUUUCUACAAAAGGAAAUUUUGCAGGAAGAAAAGUUUCCAAUCGUGUUGAAAUUUGAAGCCUAUCGAUCAUAUUAUGGAGCUCUGCUUGUUUUGAAUGGCUGUAAAAUACAAUUAUUAUUUUUGUUUUACAUCAAACCAACAUUAAAAUUACACAGAAUUGGACGAGGAGCAAAAGUUACAGGAAAAAAUAUUUAAUAUUGUUAAAUAAAAAUAGAUGAGUUUCAAAAUGAGAAGUACGCGUACUGUUAAUGGAAGCACGACCACCUUAAGAAGACAAACAAAAUCCGAGUAAGUGAGCGCGUUUUCAAAAGAUUUUUGAGUGGUUUUUCUCUUAAAAUGGAAAAUCAAUACCGCGUGUAUUUGGGUCGUUUGCCAUACGGAACAAGGGAGAAGGAUGUGGAGAAAUUCCUUCAAGGAUGUGGCAAGAUCCGCGACAUUAACCUAAAAAAUGGUUUUGGUUUUGUGACAUUUGAUGACCCAAGAGAUGCUCGGGAUGCAGUUGAUGAUUGUAACAAUCGAGAGUUAUUGGGUGAAAGAAUUUUGGUUGAGGCUUGCCGUGGCUCCAGCUCUCGUGGCUAUAGUGGAGGUCCAAGACAAGCUCGUGGCAGGGACAAAUAUGGUGCUCCAUUACGUACUCCAUGGCGUGUUCUUGUUGAAAAUCUGUCGUCAAGAGUUAGUUGGCAGGAUUUGAAAGAUUAUGUACGUCAAGCCGGAGAAGUGACCUAUGGUGAUGCGCACCGACCAGUUAAAGGAGAAGGGGUCCUUGAGUUUUCCUCUCAUUCUGAUGUUCGCAAUGUUAUAAGAAAGCUUGAUGGCACUACUUUAAAUGGCAAAAAGAUACGACUUAUUGAUGAUAGUCCAAAAAGUCGACGAUCAUCCCGAUCUCGUAGUCGUUCUAGAUCGUCAUCACGUUCCAGACGACAUUCUCGCUCGCGCUCUAGAUCGCGUUCAAGAUCAGCAUCCAGAUCUCGUUCAAGGUCUCUGCGCUCGAGAUCCAAGUCACGUGACUCAAAAUCUCGUUCAAAAUCACCAAAGCAAUCCAAAAGUCGUUCCAAGUCUCCAUUGAAGCAAUCACCUGAAAAGAAUGGUGAAAAUGUCGACGAUUAGACUUUAGACUAGUUUAUUUUUUCUUUACAUCAUCUUGUGUGGUCACGUGUCUAUCGCGAGAGCGUAUGAUUCGGUCUCUUAUUAAUUCUCGCAACCCUGUACAGUUACCGUAUAUGGUUUUGAAAUAAAAGUAUCUGCCUCUGAUCUCACCGUAGUUACCGUUACGGUAACGAAAUUGUAAA